AUCCUUGUUAUCACUAUUUUUGAUAACAAGGGUCAUUGUUAUUUAUAUUUAAGACUAAUAACUCAUUAAAAGCCGUGUGAUCGUUUAGUAAUAGUUAAAGAUAUUUGAAUAGUUUAUAUAUAAAAUGUUAUCUUUAAUAGAGAGAAACAUUCUUAAACCCUUAACUCUAAUAAGUCGAGGUGUUCAUAGCCAAUACCUUAUUACAAAAGAAAGUAAUGGUACUCGGGAAAUAACGUUAAAUCAUGAAAAAACAAAAAAUUCACUGUCUCUUGUUAUGAUGGAAAACCUUAUAACGGCCAUAAAUGAAAAUAAAAAUGAUACCUCUCUGAGGGCUAUCAUCUUAUCAGCAAAAGGCAAUGUUUUUUCAGCUGGCCAUAAUUUGAAAGAAUUGCAAAUUUCCACUGGAACCGAUCAACACAAAUUAAUAUUCAAUAAGGCGACAGAAUUAAUGAAAUCUAUAAUUCAAAGUCCAGUACCAGUGAUAGCUAAGGUAAAUGGGUUUGCAACUGCAGCAGGUUGUCAAUUAGUAGCCACCUGUGACAUAAUAAUUUGUUCUGACAAAAGCAAAUUUUCAACACCCGGAGCCAAUUUCGGUAUAUUUUGUUCAACACCAGGCAUAGCAUUAGGAAGAAGUGUUCCAAAAUCUAGAGCGAUGCACAUGCUGUUAACUGGUGAACCAAUUAAUGCACAAGAAGCAUAUGAUAGUGGUCUGGUAACUAAAGUAGUCCCAGCAGAUAAAUUAGACGAAGAAGUCAGUCGAAUUGUUGAGCAAAUAAAACACAAGAGUCGCUGUGUUAUUGCACUUGGAAAAGAAUUUUUCUACAAACAAAUCAAUCUAGAUACACUUGAUGCUUAUAAGUUAGGUGAAGAUAUUAUGGUACAGAAUGUCAAUUCAAAUGACGGCCAAGAAGGAAUUCAGAGUUUUGUUGAAAAGCGUAAAGCAUCUUGGAGCCAUAAAUAAUUUUACUAAUAUUUAAAAUAUGUUUCAAUGGUUGUCUUGGACCAUCAUGUCUGUUAACAAAUGCUAGUUAAAGUGGGUAAUAAAUAACACAAUUUUAUUAUUUACACCUAUAUUUAUUUUCCACUAACUUAGUGUAUAUCCAAAGCAAGUAUAAGAAUAAUGUUCAAAAGCAUAAUUCUGUCACAUACACAUGAAAACAUUUUUGGCCGAAAUAUUUUUCUUUAUAUACAUAAGGUUAACUUAGAAAUUAAAAAACUAUGAACUUUAUAUU